ACGAAGGCGAGCUGUCUGGAGGUUUCCACCCCUCCCUGCUGAACAACUACUAAAAAUGAAUAGAGACAAGGGCCCAGAGAGUUUUGUUAACAGGAGCAUUAAAAGAAAGAGGAAUAUGAGGCUGAACAGGCUCCGGAACACUUCUGUUUCCAAAGACUUGCAGGAGUGGGAGGAAGAAUUAUUUACCUUUACUCCUCCACAUAUCCCAACUGGGUUUUUAAAGACACCUCCACCCCACUUCACAAUGCAGAUAUCAACAACUGCAGGAGAAGUAGAAAGUAAGAGAAGAGUCCUGAUGAUAUUUUUCUUCUCAGAAUUAAACCCAAGAGAAGGAAGCACAGUGGAUGUUUCUACCAAGAUAAAACAUAGAGAACUACAGGUGGUCUUCGACUUAUGACCACAACUGAGCCCAAAAUUCCCUUCACUAAGCAAGACAGUUGUUAACGAGAAAAGUUCCUUAAUUGGCAAGCAUGGACCACAAUAUGAUCAGAACAAUUAUGCACAUUGCUAUGGCUCUCUUAUCUUUUUUCAUCUCAAAGUUCAGUGUGUUACCUUCACUAUUAUUCAGGAUCAUGAUCUGGACUAAGCGUCUGAAAAUGGGGGUGAAGGUGAAGUACCUCGAUAAUAAUGAGGGAUACCGAUUCAGCUACUUCACCCGAGGGGAACCCGGAUCCCGACCAUCUGUGCUGAUGCUUCAUGGAUUCUCACUCAACAAAGACAUGUGGUUAAAUACCAUCCAAGUCUUUCCUAAGGGCCUCCACUUGAUCUGCCUUGAUUUGCCAGGCCAUGGGGGAACCAGUCGCUUGCUUGGAGAAAGUUACACAGCAGUUGCUCAAGCUAAAAGGAUACACCAGUUUGUUGAGUGUGCUGGUCUGAACCACAAGCCUUUCCACCUGGUUGGCAUGUCCAUGGGAGGCAUGGUUGCUGGGGUUUAUGCUGCUCUCUAUCCAGCCCAUGUCUCCUCGUUAGCCCUCCUCUGCCCAGCUGGUGUGAGGUAUUUAACUGAUAGUGAAUUUUUUGCCCAAUUACGUGAGCUGAUUUUCUCUAAGGGCUCUGUGGAGAAUGCUAUUAUCCCAGUUACAGAAGAGCAGGUGGAAAACUUCAUAAAGCUGUGCUUAUACCAUCCCAUUUUUUUAAAGAUUCAGCUCCUAAAGGGAUAUCUUGAAGAUCGGAGAUCACAUAAGUCAGUUUUUGUAAAAUGUUUUCUGGACCUCACCAGCACUGAAUCAAGGUACAGCCUCCAUGAGAAGAUGUGGAAAAUCAAAGCUCCCACCCAGAUUAUUUGGGGAAAGGAGGACAAGGUCUUUGAUUCUUCGGGUGCAGACAUUUUGGCGGAUGCCAUUCCUAAUUCCCAAGUGCGUUGGCUGGAGAAAUGUGGACAUUUCAUAACCCUGGAGAGGCCCAGGACCUCUGCAAGGCUCCUCUUAGAAUUCUACAACUCAGUCUGUGACUCAGCCAAGCAGAAGAAGGUGGCCUGAGGCUCAGGAAGUGCCAGAUGGCUGGAGACAGGCAAGGUCUGCCUCACCACCAGCCCCAUGUUGACUUCUCUGGCUGGUCCAAUGGGAACUACGACUCAAGAUACUUAAUAGGUAGCAGAGGAGGUGAGGACCUAGAGCAGUGUUUCCCAAACUUGACAAUUUUAAGGCAUGUGGACUUCAAUUCCCAGAAUUCCACAGCCAGCGUUGCUGGCUGUGGAAUUCUGGGAGUUGAAAUCCUCAUGCCUUAAAAUUGUCAAGUUUGGGAAACACUGACCUAGAGAGAACAAAGCUUUGCACCACCAUUUCAUAAAGACCGAUCAAGAAUUGAUCCAUCUUUUCUAACAAAGCUCACAGUACAACAGUCAGUUCAUAAUGAUUAGAUAGAGUGGAAUGCCACUCUAUAGAAACACUACAGGUAGUCCUUGACUUACAACAAUUCGUGUAAUGACCAUUUCAAGUUACAACACAUCUGAAAAAAGUGACUCGUGACCAUUUUUCGGAUUUACAACGCUCAGCAACUGGCUCAUAUUUAUGAUGGUUGCAGUGUGUUCCCAGGAUCAUGGGAUCCCCUUUUGUGACUUUCUGACAAGCAAAAUCAACGUGGAAGCCAGAUUCACUUAACCACUGUG